GAUGACCAGAGACUGCGGACACGGUACAGGAGAUGACCAGAGACUGCGGACACAGUACAGGAGAUGACCAGAGACUGCAGACAGUACAGGAGAUGACCGGAGACUGCGGACACAGUACAGGAGAUGACCAGAGACUGCGGACAUGGUACAGGAGAUGACCGGAGACUGUGGACAUGGUACAGGAGAUGACCAGAGACUGCGGACACAGUACAGGAGAUGACCAGAGACUGCAGACAGUACAGGAGAUGACCAGAGACUGCAGACACAGUACAGGAGAUGGUCAGAGACUGCGGACACAGUACAGGAGAUGACCAGAGACUGCGGACA